AUGGAGUUGCGCUCGGAUCUCACCCUCCGUUCGGAGCCACCCCUCGAAUCUCGCCGCCUCUGCAGGCCGCGGACCGGCCCGUACGGCAACACUGACGGGGUGGACAACAUCAGCGGCCUUCCCGACGACCUCCUCCUCCAGGUCCUCUUCCACCUCCGCUGCGCCCGCGCCGUCGCCCACACCAGCCUGCUCUCGCGCCGCUUGCGCGGCCUCUGGAGGCACCUCCCUGAGCUCUCCUUCCGCGACCUCGCGCUGGGCGCUCUCGAGACCGCCCUCGCCCAGGUCUCCCGCACAGAACUGUGCCUCCUCGAUAUCGAUGUCCCCGAGCACCACAGGUACUCCGCCGCGGGCGUUGGUUCUCUGCUGCGCACCGCCGCGCGUCUGGCGCCCGUGGUGCUAAGCCUAGUAUUUCGCGGUGACAUGGUGGGUCGCGACAUUCCCUUUGAGCUGCCCAUCUUCCACCGUGCAACAUCGAUCAAUCUGAAUGUGAUCAAUCGUGUGACCUGGCUCCGCCAGUUCUCUGUGCUCGAGAGGCUCUCUAUCUCAGGCUGCCACUUGGACAUAGACAUCGGUGUCCUGGUCCUGCAGUGUCCGCGCCUGCGUGUGCUGGAGCUGCGCCGUUUCUGGCAUUUUGGCGCGGGCAUGGUCCAUCUCCAUUCGACGACGAUUGAGGAGCUUGUUGUGGCUCCUGACUGGUGGAUUGGGGGUAUUGACAUUGUAGCCCCUGCACUAAAAAAGUUCACCAUGGAUACUUACAUGAGCAAGGAUUUCAAUGUCAUUUUUAGCACCUAUGGUGAAGGAUAUCCAUUGGCGCUGAAAGUGUGCCUUCAGGAAUGUAGCAAUCAGUGA